AUGGUAAACGAUCACAACUGCGAUGUUUUACUUCCGAAACAAGUAUUUCUAGAAGAACCGUUAUUUCAGUACCCUCUUGCAGAUUCGAAAAAAUUUUACACGAUAAUUAUGGUAGAUCCAGAUGCACCUCCUCAAUUAGAUGGGGAAUUUUAUUUGCAUAUGCUUAAAUCAAAUAUACCUGGGCUUGCGCUCAAAGGAAAGGAGAGUGUUAAAACAGUUGGAAUUGACUACAGAGGAUAUAAGGCACCAACGCCACCUCGCGGCACGGGUCCGCAUCGUUACAUGUCACUUUUGUAUGAGCAAUCCGAUGGAAAUAAUUUCUUGCCAACAGUGCCAUCUUCCCGCAGUCGGUUCACACUAGGCAACUGGCUGCGAGAUAAAAAUCUGUGCGGGCCGGUAGCUGCAACGCAGUUCCGAGUUCAAUACUAG